GCAACGUUGAGAUCAAGGAUACAAAAUUUGGUUAUAUAGUAAUUCAGGCAUUGUAGUAUUUUGUUUUGGUUCUUAACUUCAUAGCAAAUAUGUCCAGUGAAAAGCAAAAUCUCAAGGCAGGGGAAUCCCACGGCCAGUGCCAGGAGAAGGCUGAAGAGUGGAUGCAAUCCACAAAGGAUACAGCCAAUGCAGCCAUGGACAAGACUGCUGAUGCAACUCAAUCAGCUAAGAACGCUGCCCCAGAAAACAAGGAGCAAGCUGCCGGCUUCCUCCAGCAGACAGGAGAGCAGGUAAAAGGCAUGGCUCAGGGCGCUGUGGACACUGUGAAGAGCACACUUGGAGUGGGUGACAAGAAAUGAAACAAAACCAGUACGGCAUACUGCAUUGGUCGACUCUCGUAAUGCAUGCACGCUGCAUGCAUUGUUGGAUUUAGUUUUUCUCUAUCGGUUGUACUAAAGCCUUUUGAUUUUCAUACUUUUGCCAGCUUCUUCAUUGUAAUAGCUAGCCAGAUGCAAUAAAGGCUUUUUUUUUUUCCUUUCACA